AUGGCCUUCUCUUCCUACUUCCUUUUUGUCGCCCUUCUCGUGUUGGCCUCAUGGCAAGCUAUCGCUUCUGAUCCGAGCCCUCUCCAAGACUUUUGCGUUGCGGAAAACAGCUCACGUGUUCUGUUGAACGGAUUUGUCUGCAAAGACCCAAAAGAUGUGAAAGCAGAAGACUUCUUCUUGGCCGCAAAACUCGACAUGCCAAGGGACACGAAAACAAACAAGGUCGGCUCUAAUGUCACCUUGAUCAAUGUGAUGCGGAUUCCUGGCCUGAACACAUUAGGCAUCUCCCUGGCGCGCAUCGACUACGCACCCUUGGGCGAGAACCCACCUCACACGCAUCCGCGUGCCACUGAGAUCCUGACCGUUCUUGAAGGAACCCUCUAUGUGGGCUUCGUAACAUCGAACCCAAACAACACAUUAUUGUCAAAGGUACUCAACAAGGGUGAUGUGUUUGUGUUCCCAGAAGGACUCAUCCACUUUCAAUUCAACCCAAACCCCUACAAACCAGCGGUGGCAAUUGCGGCACUUAGCAGUCAAAACCCCGGGGCAAUCACCAUUGCCAACACUGUAUUUGGAUCAAAACCUAUGAUCUCGGAUGAUGUUCUCGCCAAGGCCUUUCAGGUGGAGAAGAAGACUGUGGACUGGCUUCAAGCUCAAUUCUGGGCCGACAACCACAAUUAAUGAAAUGUUGCAUCAAGUCCCUUGAAUAUGAUGUUCUAGUAUGUCAUAAUGCAUUUGUUUGUCAUACUUGUUAGCUACAAAAAUAAAUUCCAUGUACCAUUGGACUGUUUUCUGGUCAUAUGAAA